AUUUUACGAGCGCAUUUAUUGUAUUGUACUUUUGUGAGUGGGGACACGGGUGUCGCGGUCACAUUUCUGGAGCAGGAUGCGGCGAGCGAUGUUCUUUCCGGGCUUCUGUUUUUCACAAUAAAGUGUAAAAUGCUUUAAAAACCCUGCUGCAAUCCAACAUCAACAUGACCCUCUAAACACCUCGCAAACUGGACCUCGACCCCGCUGCAGGCAGCUCAACUGCUGCCAUGCUUCAACUCAGUGUACUGUGAUUGUGAAGAAGACAUUUUCAUAUUAGGGGAAUGCCAACUCCGGUUCAACAUGCAGCACUGGGCACGUCAAGGAAGAUAAUUCAACUCAACUGCUGAGGCCUUAAACCUGAGACCUACAACGAAAAAACCUGCAGUUCCAUUUGGACACCUGAAGCAACUUACAGCUCCCGGGGAGGAUUAUGUCCUUAUAGCCGACGACCUGAGCUUCUCCAGCGUGCCACGGCUACAGUCGAUCAGUGCUGCUCCCCUGACGCGCGGCAGGAACCAUGGACGACCCCUACCACAACAACGUGAACCAGCAGGUGACGGAGGGCGGAGAGUACACCUACACCCAGGACGGAGGGGGCUACCCUUACCAGUCGGACUACCCUCCGCAGGACGAGGACGCUGCGAGCGAUGACACCGAGGGGGCAGACGAGGACAACCAGAUGUACGAGGGGGAGUACCAGGGCGUCCCCCACCCCGACGAGAUCAAGGAGGCGCGACGGGCGGCUCGGGUGGAAGCCAGGAGGAAGGCGCGCCUGGCUGCCCAGCAGGAAGAGGACGAGGACAACCUGCCAGAGCAAUACGAGGCGAUCAUGGAGGACUGCGGCCACGGGCGCUUCCAGUGGACGCUGUUCUUCGUGCUGGGCCUGGCACUAAUGGCCGACGGGGUGGAUGGCUUCGUGGUCGGCUUUGUUCUGCCCAGUGCUGAGAAGGAUAUGUGCAUAUCCAACGCUGACAAAGGAUUGCUGGGUCUACUGGUGUACGUGGCCAUGAUGGUGGGGGCCCUGGUAUGGGGGGGACUGUGUGAUAAGAUGGGCAGGAGGAAGUGUCUGAUCUACGUGCUGACCAUCGACCUGGUCUUCUCCUUCCUGUCCUGCUUCGCUCACAGCUACGGCUUCUUCCUCUUCUUCAGGUUCUGCUCAGGCUUCGGAAUUGGCGGCUCCAUCCCGAUAGUGUACACCUACUUCACCGAGUUCCUGCAGAUGGAUAAACGUGGAGAACAUCUGAGCUGGCUGUGCAUGUUCUGGAUGCUGGGAGGCCUGUACGCCUCCUUCACUGCCUGGGGGAUCAUCCCUCACUAUGGCUGGGGCUUUUCCAUCGGUUCAGAGUUCCAGAUGCACAGCUGGAGACUGUUUAUCCUGGUGUGCCUCUUCCCUGCGCUGGCCGCUCUCGUCGGAGUCAUCUUCAUGCCGGAGAGUCCACGUUUCCUCCUGGAGAGUUCCCGACAUGACGAGGCCUGGAUGAUCCUGAGACGAGUUCACGACACCAACUGGAAGGCCAAGGGGGAGCCGGAGAGAGUUUUCACCGUGACCAACAUUAAGACCCCGCAGACGCAGGACGACGAGUUCAUAGAGAUCCAGAGUGACACUGGCACCGCCUUCCAGCGCUGGACCGUCAGACACAUGACCAUGCUGCAACAGGUGAUGGCUAACAUCAUGUCACUAUCAGCUCCAGAGCUGAGACUGCAGGGCCUCCUACUGGUUAUUGUCUGGUUCUGCUUGGCCUUCAGCUACCACGGGCUGGGAGUAUGGUUCCCUGAUAUGAUCAAGUACAUGCAGUAUGAAGAAUACGAGUCCAAGGUUCGAGUGUUUCACCGGGAACGGGUCGAACACUUCCACUUCAACUUCUCUCUCGUCAACCAAAUUCACCGCGAGGGAGAGUACAUCCAUGACAAGUUUGCAAACAUUGAGAUCCGGUCUGUGAAGUUUGAGGAUUCUCUGUUUGAGAACUGCUACUUUGAGGAUGUCAAGUCAACUAACACCUUCUUUGACAAUUGUACCUUCAAAAACACGAUCUUCUACAACACAGACCUCUGGCACGAAAAGUUCAAAGAGUGCCGGAUGGAGAACACCACCUUCCUCCACCCGAAGAAGGGCUGCCAUCUGAACUUCCAGGAGGAGAACGACAUCGUCAUCUACAUGGUCAGCUUCCUGGGCAGUUUGGCCGUGUUGCCUGGCAACAUCAUCUCAGCGUUAUUCAUGGACAAGAUUGGAAGGAUCAGAAUUAUAGGCGGUUCUAUGCUGGUUUCGUCUGCCUGUACUUUCCUGCUGCUGUUAAGUUUCAGUCAAGGAGCUGUAAUAUGUUGGCAGUGUCUCUUCUACGGCACCAGCGUGGCAGCCUGGAACGGGCUGGAGGUCAUUUCCGUGGAACUCUAUCCAUCCUCUAAAAGGGGGACAGCAUUCGGCAUCCUGAAUGGAAUCUGUAAGUUUGCCACCAUCAUUGCCAGCUUCAUCUUCGCAGCCUUCAUCGGCAUCACCAAGAUAAUCCCCAUCUUCCUGGCCUUCGCCGCCCUGGUCUGCGGAGGCCUCGUGGCUCUCAAGCUGCCCGAAACGCGGGAGAAGAUCCUGUCUUGAAAAGCCAAACUCCCGCAGCCUCCAGGCCCCAAACACAGUAUCGCUAUGGGGAAAGCUUCUUUGGUUUUGUGGAAAAGUGGCAUCUUCGACUGAAGCGGAAAGACAAAAAGACCGAGGCCAUGUUGUGCUUCCUGUGUUUAUUACAGUCUGUCAUGGUUAUACUGUAUUGAUUAAAUAUGUUGAAAACCUAUUCGGUUGCCUACAUGGACCAGUGUUGCUUUCUGUUCCUUCAGUGAGCUCCAUACAAAACCAGUGUUUGUCAUUUCCUUUUAAUAUUCCCAUCUAUGUGCACGCACACACACACACACACACACACACACACACACACACACACACACACACACACACACACACACACGCACCCACAACCACGGUAUAGCAACAUUUGUUUUUUGUUUGAGGUUUGUGUAAAAGAAAGAUUUAUUUGAGAUGAAGUUGUAUCUGUACUUGAAAGGUAAUGUAGUCCAUGUUACCAUGUUGUGCUUUGAUUUCAUUCCCAGCUGGAAGAAAAAAAAAGGACAGACAGGUAGUAUAAGCCUCACUGCCAUGGCUCAACAGCACUAUCACUGUGGGUUGUUGCUCAGAGUUGAAAACACUUCUUUCAUACACUCCGUCUUUAUUUAUUCUGCACUGUCCUAGUCUUUAAUAAACGUUAUUGCUUGGUUUGUUCUCUGUAGACAUGAACUUGGAUUGACCAUUUUAUUACAUGUUCAUAUUUUUUUUUUUUUUAUCUCCUCGACUUACGUUAACUUCGCCCUCUUGACCCCGACUGGAUGUAUUUCUCCCCGUUCGUCGUCUUGUCCUCACGUCUGACACGUCGCGUGUGUCCUUGUACUGUGUUCUGUAGGUUGUAGGAGUCUUAUCCGUCACAUCUUGCCAUGACAACGUGUAAGGAAUUGUUCUGUUUGUUUGUUUUUGUCGAUUUAUUUUUUUGUCUUUUUUUUUUUUCCUUCUUAAAAAAAAAAGAGAAUGAUACAAAACUGUGAGAUUUAAUGUUUUGAUAUGAUGCUCUCAUUUUAAUGUUCUGACGAAGAACCGCUUUACAGAACCUGCUGCAUUUCUGACGACGUGUCAAGAUUUCUAUGGAGCAUUUUUUCUUUUUUGGGGGCAUGGUUGAGUCGUGUGUGUGUGCGCGCGCGCGUGGGGCUGUUAUCCACGCAUCUGUGAAUUUAAUGAAACACAAUAGUCUAAUUAACAAUACUGUAUUUGUUGGUGUACAUAUUGUAGGCCUGUGUAUAUUAGUUGUAAAAUAGUAGCUCCGUCAUGACUUGAAUAAAGCUGAGGGCUUGUGAUCCA